CGUACACGAGCCUCGAAAGCAAACAAUACCAAAGAGGCAAGCUUGAAAGCAGAGCACUCCAAUCUCGAAUAAUACUCUAUUAAAGCAAAUCAAGGUCACAUGCUUUGAUGAUAAGAGCACUGCUAAGUAUUGCGACCAAUAAGAGUUCGCAGCGUUGGCUGCCGAGCGAUCUAGAGUGAAUAGAUAGUAUAUGCAAAUAUAUGUAGGAGUCAAAGUUGAUGAUGGGAAUAACCUAUCACGGCACUUUAGAGACUUCAUAUACAGCCGUCCAAUAACCUGAUCAUGGCUCGAUAGCGCGUAUAUCUAGAAGAAUCCUUCCUCACGACAAGCAAACCAAAUCGAAGUCUAUGUCCCUAAACACUAAACAUCUAACACAUCUACAACCAUGUACCUCCUGCCUAUUCUUCUCUGCGUCACAGCCGCUCAGGCUCACUACCGCUUCCCAAAACUCAUCAUAAACGGCCAAGCCGAAGCCCAAGAAUGGACCUCGAUCCGCCAAACCAAAAACUACCAGACCAACUCCGGCGUGACAAGCGUCAGCAGCCCGGACAUGCGAUGCUUCCAGAACCGUGCGGGUACGGGGACUGCAAGCGUAGCCGCAGGCUCGGUGCUAGGAUUCGUUGCCAUGUCAUCCGUGACGCACUUUGGACCUGUACAAUUCUACAUGGCGCGCGUGCCCGACAGUGCGAACAUCAACUCAUGGGAGCCUGCCGGGAAUGUGUGGUUCAAGGUUGGGAGUAUCUCUGCGGUGAAGGGGAGUGGACCGCUUACGAGCGAUGAGAAGACUUGGCCUGCGUAUAACAAGGACAAGGUUGAGUUUACGAUCCCAAAGAAUGUCCCAAGUGGAAAGUAUCUUGUUAGAGUUGAGAGCAUUGCUCUGCACCAAGCCCAAUCUGUUGGUGGUGCGCAGAUGUAUCUGUCUUGCGCACAGGUCGAGGUUACGGGUGGAGGAAACGGUACACCGGGCCCGCUUGUUGCGUUCCCUGGUGCCUAUUCUGCGAAUGAUCCCGGGCUGAUGUGGAGCUAUUACCCUAUUGCUACGAGCUACAAGGCUCCUGGGCCUGCAGUGUGGACAGGUUAA